AUGUUCGAUAAUUCUGAUACGAUUGAGAAAGUUAUCGAUGAAAUCAGAAAUGGCAAAACUUUAACCAAUGAUCGCAUGUUGAAAUUUGCAGAUGAUCUAUUAUACAAUGAAUCAAGUACUAAUGCUUGUCGUGUCUUUUUGGCUCUGGCCGAGAAAAAGGUAUUCAUAUCAGAUUUAAUAUUUGAUAGACUUUGCAAUGUCAUUAUUAAUAAUCAUCAAAAAACCACAAAAGAAAACUCGAUUCGAACAAUUGAUAUUCGAUUAGAAAAUGGUCAAUAUCCAUCAGACUUGUGUUUAAAUGCACUUUCAAUUGCAUUACAAGAUCAGCAAUCUCUAUUACUAAGACGGUAUGGAUCAAAAAUUUUAUAUAAUCUUAUUAAAAACCAGAGUGCUUUACGUUUGAAUCCUUUGUUAUUGAAUGCAAUGUCUCAUGCAUUGAACGAUCCAUUGACAACUGUUCAGAUAUAUACAUUAUUUUCAUUUGAGGAAUUAGUUCGAAAUCAACGCUAUGAUAUACCUCAAGAAUCAAUUGAUAGUAUGGAAGCACUUCUGUUAAACAUAUAUCAAGACAUCAAUAAGAAUUAUGGAAACUGUGGACUGAUGACUUCAUUUUUCUUAAAUUUAUUAUAUCGACAAUACAAGCUAAAUGAAAAUUUACUCGAGAUUUUCAGUGAACUUCUGAUUGUUGAAGUUGUUAGUCACAAAGAUUUGUCUUUAAAUCGUUCGGCAUCUUAUGUGCUUCAAAAAGCUAUUGAAAAUCAAUUGUUUAUUGGACAUUUGACGCCGAAAAUAUUGAAUAACAUUUCAAUAUGUUUCAAUUUGAUGUCUUCACAACACAAAGAAAUGCUUGAAUAUUGUUUAAGAAUUUUAUGUGCCUUAAACGAAGACCAAUUAAUGUCAACACAAUUGGAUACACAUCUAUUGAAACAUUAUUUAAAAGAUACAAAUUUGGAUGAACGUUUACGAUCAUAUGUGACGAUUCUUUUGGGUAAUUUAUGUAAAAUAUCGUAUCAAAAUAUCGAUAUAUCGAUUGUUGAGGAUACAAUCGAUGUUCUCAUUGAAGGAUUAGAUCAUGAAAAGUUAUUACAAAGUUCGAUCUAUGCGCUUAAAAACAUAGCUCAAUACAAACAAGACUAUUUAUCAAUAUUUCCACUUCGAAAAUUUGUAGCCAUACUCAAUAGGAAUGAUUUGAACAAAGAAAUACGUCAAAAUGUUUGUCUGAUAUUGGUUUCAGCAAUUCAAAAUCAACAACCAUUAACGAAAUAUGAAAUUGAUGGAUUAGAAAAUGCAUUAAACGAUCCAGACACCAGUAAUACGACACUGUUCCUACUCUUACUUCGAUGUGUACAAAAUGGUCAAAAACUAGCAAAUCAUUUAAUUGAAACAUUUACAAUACAACUUUGCAUUAAUAAGAAUAUUGAAAAAAUUGAAAUCUUUAUUCAAAUUCUAUACUACAUUGUUCACAAUGGACAAUCAUUAACUAACACAAUGAUUCAACGAUUUAAUGAUUAUUUUCUUAAAAAUCAAUUCUGUUCAAAAUAUACAAUACAAAUAUUCAAAUUAUUAACUAGCCGAAAUGAAAUUCGAAUUAAUGCAAAAAUCUAUGACAAGCUUGCUAAUCUAUUGAAAAGUCAAAACGAUGACAAUAUACAAACAAAUCUCAUUGAAACAUUGGCCUAUUCUCUACAAAAUCUAACUCACGAUGAUGAAUUACCAAAUCGUCGAAUUGUAACAUUAAUUGAAGAUUAUUUUCAAAAUAAUCCAACGAAAGAAAUCAAAUAUUACAGUUGUCUAGCAUUGAAAUCUCUAAUUGCACAUCAGAUAAAUUUAUCAGAUUUCACCUUAGAUCUUCUAAAAAUUUAUGCACAAGAUGAUGAAUUGGACAAUACACAAAUGACGACAAGUUAUUCUUCAACAAUUAAUCUAAGAGAUAUAUCGCUAGACACACUGAAACAAUAUGUCACAAUGUAUCAAGGAUUUGCAAAUACAGUUCACAUGCAAACAAUAGAACAAAUCAUUAAAUGUGAAAUGUUAGGUCAAACAAUUCUCGAAAGUCAAAAUCCGAGGAAUCGUUUAGCAGCAGGAAAACAACUAUUAUCAAUUGUUCAAGAUGGACAACGAUCCUUAUCGACAUGUAAUAUGAAAGUUCUAGAGUUAUCGUUUCAUUCAAAUGAUUCAUCCAUUGAAUUCAAAUCAAUUGUGAUGAAAAUUUUCGAAUGUGUUGCAGCUUAUUUAAAUCAAUCACAAAUUAGUUUCAUUCUCAGUUCCAUACAUGAUGAUAUAUUAAGUGAAGCUGUAAUCAAUGUAUUAAAAGCAUUGAUUCAUUUCAGAAAAUCUUUUCCUAUUAAAACAUUGGAUAUCUUAAUUGAUUUUGCAUCUGAAAACAGAAAUCAAACAUUAAGAGAUAGUGUUAUCGAUAGUUUGGAAACAAUAACAAAUUAUGAAACAAUUCCACCUGAAAUACUCAAAAAAAUUCAGUUCCCAAUCUUCUCUAAAUGCUUACAGAAUCCAACAUGCAAUGUUCAAAAUAAAAAAGCAGCUAUCGAUAAAUGUCUCGAACUGGUUCGUGAUGGUUACAAAAUAUCAAGAAAUACAAUUGAAUCACUUGAAUAUCUAUUAAAGAGUUCAUUCGAUAUGCAUGAUAUUAAAGAAAAUGCAUUGCAUAUAAUCGAAAUAGCUGUUCGAAACGGUCAAAAAUUACCAUCAACAUUUCUCAAUCUAUUAAGUCGUUUGAUUAACAAUGAUCGAUUCAAUAGAAGAUAUUUGAUUGAAAUUAUUAAACUCAUUUCAAAUCAUAAUGAAGAACUGAUAACACAAGAAAUAUUAGACAACUCAGAACAAUAUUUACUUGAAAAUUUAAACGAAUCGUAUCCGAUUUUUCUUCGAGGUACACAAAAUGGUUGUAAAUUGACCAAACCAACGACGCAACAUUUUGCGAAAAUUCUCGAAAAUCAAGAAAACACUACUCUAAAUCAACGAUUGAAUAUUGUAGAAAUUUUGAAAAAUUUAGCUACAAAUACUAAAACAUUCGAUGAAAAUCUAAUUCGAUGUUUAGAAAAUGCAUUGAAUGAACAUGAUGAAACUAUGCAGAAAAAAAUUUUAAAUACUCUAAAAUAUAUACCAAAUUAUAAACCAUCGACAAAGUUUUUCAUUUAUUUAGAAAACAUUUUAAAAGGACAUCCAUUAUUAUCACAAAUAGAAAAUAUUUUAGAAAAAUGCUUGAAAAUACCAAUUCAAUUUACAUUACACAUCAUUCAUGUAUUCUUGAUUGUGGAAUAUGUAGAUGCCAAUAUUUACAAUAAAGAACUUGAUUUAAUAUGUCGUGAACUACUAUGUACUGAUCUAUUAUUACGUAUCUAUCAGCAUGAUAAAUACGAUUCAAUCACUCAAAACUGCGAUAUAAAAGAUAAUAAAGAAUUAAAUGAUUCCAUCGAAAAUCUUGAAGAAAAUUAUCGAAAGAUAAUGUUAGCAUAUGAUCACGAUUCAAAAUUUUAUCCGAUUGGUAAACCAAUUAAUCAUUGGAAUGAAUGUGAUGUAGGAAAAUGGUCAGCAUAUUACAAACAAAAUUCAAAUCAAAAUUCCGAACAAUCAAGAUAUGAACUCAUAUGUGUUGUAAAACGUGCAAUCUUUCUACAUAAUACAAAACAACAAUUUGAACCAAGAGCGACUCAAAUAUUAUCGCUACUGUUAAUGUUAAAUGCGUCAGAGGCUAAUAUUGCACGUUUAGCACAAAUCAAAACAGGUGAAGGUAAGAGUGUGAUCAUUGCUAUGUUUGCAGCUAUCAAAGCAUUAAAUGGUAAUAAAGUUGAUAUUGUAACUACAUCACCGUUACUAGCUAAACGUGAUGCUGAAAAUAAAAAUAGAUUUUAUACAAUGUUGAAUUUGACUGUUGCCGAAAACAGUGGCAUGUCAUCUACAAAACCAUGUUAUACAAACGAUAUUGUUUAUGGUAGUGUCAACGAUUUCCAAUUUGAUAUAUUAAAAGAUGAAUAUAGUUUAUUGGGUACACGUUGUCAACGUAAAUUUGAUAUUGCAAUUGUUGAUGAAGUUGAUAGCAUGUUGAUAGAUGAUAAUUCUAAAAUAUGUCGUUUAUCAAGUAAAAUUCCAGCUAUUGAUGAAUUGAAAGUUGUCUUAACAGUACUUUGGCAAGAAUUAAAUCGCACCUAUGACAAAAUUAUUCAAAUCAAAGAUAAAUUGUAUUGUGUCACAAUACCAUUUCGAAUGGAUGAAAAUGGUAAAAUAAUAUUGUUAAAAUCUGAAACAACCAAUGAAAAUGAUAAGACAACAGCUGCUGCUGACGAUGAUGAUGACGAUGAUGAUAUGCAUGAUUUGAUAGCAGUUGAAAAUCUCUAUGAAUUUAUCGAGAAUCAUAUUAGAAAUGUUGUUGAAAAUAAACUAUUGAAACCUGAUGAAAAAAAUCAAUGUUUAGUGUAUAUACCGAAACACUUGACAACAUUUGUAAAACAACAACUGAAUAAAUGGAUACUAAGUGCAUGGCAAGCAAAAUUUGCCUAUCACGAAAACAUUGACUAUUUAAUUACGAAUGGCAAAGAUGGCGUUCAAUCAAUUGUACCAAUUGAUUAUAGAAAUACGGGUAUCGUACAAAUGAACACAUCGUGGCCCGAUGGUUUACAUCAAUUUUUACAGAUCAAACAUAAGUUAAGAAUAAGUGCUGAAAGUUUAACAACAAAUUUCCUAUCCAAUGUGGCCUUUUUUAGUCGUUAUGGAAAAAAUUUAUUCGGUUUGACGGGUACACUUGGCUCGAAGGAAGCGAAAGAUUUAAUUCGUUAUAUCUACAAUGUAGAUUUCGUCAUUAUACCGCCCUAUAAAUAUACACAAUUCAUAGCCUAUCUCGAUAAAUUGAGUCAAUCUGAACAAGACUGGGUAAAUGAAUGUACUGAAUCAAUAUAUACUGAAGCUAAAAUAAAUCAACGUGCUGUUUUGGUUAUAUGUGAAACAAAAUCGGAUGCAUCGAAGAUAUAUGAGAAAUUGAUUGAAACACAUGUUCAACUUAAAAGACAAAUCAAACUGUAUACACGCAGCGAUAAUGAAGAGCAAAAUGCAAUUAAUAAUGAAUUAGAUUGUGGUCAAAUUAUUGUUGCUACAAAUCUCGCUGGUCGAGGUACAGAUAUUGGUACAACACACAAAGUUGAAGAAAAUGGUGGUCUUCAUGUAUUAGUCACAUUUUUACCUUUGAAUACUCGCGUUGAACAUCAAGCAUUCGGUCGAACUUCAAGACAAGGAAAACGUGGUAGUGCACAACUGAUUGUACUGACACCUGUCAAUAGUCAAACUAAAUAUGAUAAUAUUAUACAACUGAAAGAAGAUAGAGAUAAACAAGAAAAACGACAUAUAGCACGAGCGAAACGCGUUGAAUUGAAUCAUAUUAAAAGACGUGAUAGAUUAUUUGGAAAAUUUUGCGAUUUACGUACAGAAUUACGUCGACGAGAGAACGAUACAUAUAAAUUAAAUUGUGUAGAAGAAUCAUGGGGUUUUUGGCUUAAAACAACAUUUUCCAAUGAAGAUUCUGUCGAUGAUGAUAAUAAUGAUGAUCUCAAUGAUCAAUUAGUCAAUACUAAAUUCGAGGAGUUUCGAUCAAAAAUUUUAGCCGAUUAUAAUUCAAAUAUGAUCUUUCAAAAUCCAUUUUAUUUAAUCUUAAAAGCGAAUGAAUAUAUAUUCGAAAAGAAAAAGUAUGAAGAAGCCAUUGAUUUUCUACAACAUGCUAUCGAAUCUGAUCCGAUAUUCACCAGCAGUGCACGUUAUAAUUUAGCUUAUGCUUUAAUAAAAAUAUCGAGUGACAAUAAAGAAAAAGCGAAAUCUGAACUCGAAAAGGCUUUGAACACUAUUGAUAAUAUAUUAAUACCACAACAUGAAACAAUGUCGAUUUCAUUUCGAAUUGCUUCUGGUAACAAUAAUGACACUGAAAACAUGAAGGAUGCAGCCAGUGAUACAAGUAUGAAAAGUGACGCUGAAGAUCAAAUCAUGAAUCGCAUUAAUCUUUUAUGUUUAUGUAAGAAUCAAAUUGAACAAGCAAUAUUAGUUAUAGAUAAUGCAUUAAGCAAAGAGCAUAAUGUUCGGAUGCAAUACAAGGCAUUGGAUGAAUUUUUUAGCGAUGUCAACAAGCCUGCAUUAGACAUAAUUGAAUUUAAAGAAAGUGGAUUUUUAGGAUUUUUUCAACUAACUCAAAAAGAACCAACGCCAUGGUUGAGUAUAAUUGCCGUUGGUCUUCUUGGCAUAGCACAAGCAGUGGUUGGUGCAGCUUUGAUUGUAUUUACAGCAGGUGCAGCAAUACAAAUUGGUACAAUGUUAUUAAGUGAAGGAAUCGGUGAUAUGAUAACUGCAAUUAAAAGUGCAAUUAUUGAUGAAUUCAGCUGGGAAGAAUAUGCAAUACAAAAAGCAAUCAGUAUUGCCAUUACAAUUGCUACAUGUGGCAUGCCAGCAUUGAAAGAAACAGGUCAAGGAAUCAAAUCAGGAUUGAAAGGUUGCGUUAAUAUAGUCAAAUCGACUGCUGUUGGCGGCAAAGAAUUAGUCGGACAAUUUACAAAAGAAGGUUGGGUACUUGUUGGUAAACAAAUUGGUCAAGCAUUUGUGAAAGCUGGUACUAAAGAAAUUCUUAAAACUGUAUUAGAUAAAACAAUUCUAGCACAAUUAAGUAAACGAAUAAAUGAAGAAAUUUCUGAACAUAUCCAAGAACGAGUUAAUAAUGAAAUUAAAGAUAAUCAAAUAAUUAAGGAAUUCUUAACUGUUGAUGCUGCUUUACGUCGAACAAAUACAUGUCAUAAUGAAGUCGAAAAUUUAUUGAAUAGAAUAUUACAUCCACAAAGUAAUCGAUUUGUUGAUGCAGCAAUUUCGAUUGUUAAAAGUAUAAUAAAUCAAUUAACCAAUGGUGUUAGUGCACAUAUAUUAAAAAUAUUUACUGCAGGCAAAUGUGUUACAGACUUAGUGACAUUUUUAGAUGAAGUUUUUAUUGAAUUUAGACGUGAUUUAGUUAAAUUACGAGAUAAAUUAAAAAUCGAUCAUUUACUUCAUAAAAACAAUCAAAAUAAUAUUGAUGAACGAACAGCAAAAGAAAUAGUUGAACAAUUAAAGAGAGAAAAAUAUAUUGAAAAAGAUCAUAUCAAAAUUAUCAAACAACUUGAUCCUUCUCCAAUUGCUUUAAAAGAACAUAAAAAACAUGAAACUUAUGUUGUUCAAGUUUGUAAUGAUAUUUAUAUUGAAACUACAAACCGUUCUGAAUAUGCAUUCGAAAAGAAUAUGAUUACAAGAACAGUAAAUGAUCAUUUAGCAAAUUAUAUGACGAAUCGUCUCAAUGCUGAACUCAUCAAACCUGCUGUUCAUACAAGUGUCGAUGCUGGUGUGAACCAUUUAUCAAAGAAAAUUGAAGCUGCAUGUGCUGGUAGUAAAGGAACAUUAGAAGAACAAUUAAAAAAUCGUCGAGCUCAAAAUGACAUAAUUCGACAUGGAAAAGAUAUGAUGAAACGAGCAGCCAAAAGUAUACGAAAAGACAAUGUUCAAGAUGGGAUACCAAUCCAUCCAGAUAUUGAAAACAUGGCUAAGAAUGUUGAGAAUGGUGCUCCCGGUGAUUUGAAGGAUAUUCUCGCUAUAAGUGCUCGACUUAGGCGUCCAGU